AUGAGGGAUAUCAUUAAAGUCGAAGAGUUUACCAUUCCCAAGGAAGUAGAAGAAAUAAAAGUUAAAGCCCGUUGUAUCACAGUUAAAGGGCCUCGAGGAACUUUGACCAAGAGUAUUCGUCACAUCGACUUAGAGAUACAAAAGAUCGGGACUCAUAAGAUUAAACUCGUUGUGUGGCAUGGAACUCGUAAACACGUUGCUUGCUUACGUACAGUGAAAGCUCAUAUUGAGAAUAUGAUUACCGGUGUUACUAAGGGGUUUGAAUACAAGAUGCGUUAUGUUUACGCCCAUUUCCCCAUUAACGUUCAUAUUUCUGACACUGGAAAUGAGGUUGAAAUUCGUAACUUUUUAGGUGAAAAAGUUAUUAGACGUGUAAAAAUGUUGCCAGGUGUUGAAAUUCAAAUUUCCGCUAAUCAAAAGGAUGAAUUGAUCUUGACUGGAAAUGAUUUGGAAAAUGUCUCCCAAUCAGCUGCCAACAUCCAACAAUCUACCGCAGUUAAGAAUAAAGAUAUUCGAAAAUUUUUGGACGGUAUCUAUGUCAGUGAACGUAAUACAAUAGUUAAAGAGUCUAGGCUUGAUGUCGUUAUACUUAUGUACGCGCAUUUGUUAGGAUUUACUCCUUCGGGAGAAGUCCUGCUCGGUGGAGGUGGAGGACCUGGUAAUACCGGUGUAACUAAUAAGUUGGUUUUGCUCAAAUGUAAGUUAUCAGAGAGAACUCUUGAACAGGUUGUCGAAGUGAUAUUAGAUAAAGAAGAAGACAGGCCAACUUGUAUCGCUAUGCAUAAUGAGGAAAAUAUAUUCACUUGUGGUAUCAAUAGUACCGCAGAACAGAUAUUACAAGGAUUUAAUAAGAAUUGUCGAAUUUUUGAAUAUUCAAAUGAAAAUACUAAUGAGGACGAUUAUCAGAAAGUUGCCGCUUUUACUCAAGAUGGCAAAUUAUUGGCUACCGGUGGUACAGAUAGUAAGUUGACCGUUCUGAAAUAUCCUUCAUUAGACGUGGCCUUUCCCCCUGUAAAUUUUAGCAAACAGGAAAUAUACGAUUUGGAUUUCGAUUCAACCGGAAAUCAGGCAAGAUAG